UUGCGACAAGGGGGGUGCGGCUGUAACCAUGGAUCCCAGUGUACUCGCCACCAUGGACAAGGACGCACUGAAGAAGCAGAUCGAGAACAUGAAGUAUCAGGCGUCCAUGGAACGGUGGUCCCUGUCGAAGAGCAUCACGGCGAUGCGGGAGUACGUGGAAGAAAACGAGAAGAAUGACCCACUGAUACACGCGCCCGACAAGAAGAACAAUCCCUGGGCCGAGAAAGGCAAGUGCAUAAUCAUGUAAUCGGGGCCAGAGCGGAGGAAGGGCAACAGAAGAAGAAGGAAGCGUGCGUACGAAGGAGGAGAGGAGUCGGUCGUUCAUCCGCGGCAAAACGUAUCUCAGGCAGAGAUCACGGCGGGAAAGAGAGGAAGAGUAGGAGGAGGAGAAGCGCGCACACACAGAGGAGGAAAAGGAAGAGAUGCCGCCGGUAGACGUUCGCGGAUCUACCCGAUCGUCGGAACGACCACCGUCCACCGGCCUCCCCCGCGGAAAUAAAAACGUUGAUACGAUCGAUCCCGCAGUCGAUCCAUCGAUCCAAGAUCGAAAUGUUUCGAGCAAAUCGUUUGCCGGACCGUUCCGUUCCUCCGGAUGGAAUACUGUUCUACGAUCGCGCGGCGUGCGGCUUCGCUGGCCAAAAGAUUCCCGAUUUGUGUCGUCCCAUCAAGUAUAUCGUUAUCCUUCGUUAAUCGUGACAUUUGAGACGUAAUCGUUAUUCGUUGAGAUAUACUCCUAAAAUAUUCGAAGCUUGUGCAUCGAUCGGCCCGUUGACACAGACGAAAGGGGAAAUUUAAAAACGGGCAAAAAUAAGGAAAAAGAAACAAAAAUAGUUUCAAAAAGAUAAAACGAUACCGCGAUCCUGCCUGUGAGGCAAUCGUGUGCCCUUCAACAAUUUGCGUCGAAUUUAAAAUAUUUAACGUUCGUAUAACACCAAGAAGAAGCAGAGAGGAGAAGCGAGAAGAAAGGGAAGGAAAAAUCGGGCGGAUCACUUCCGCCUGGCUCGUUCGACGUCGAAUCAACUGCCGUAUGCCGCGCGACCUCGCCCUGCACAUCUUAUUCGCCGAUGCACUUGCCGUGUAAAACUCUCUCCAUUCACCGAUCAACCCACGAACGCAAUUUAUUCUUAACGUUACGUGUAUACGUCGUAAGCAAAUAAUUAUUUUAAGAAAAUACCGUUUGACUAGAAAAAUGCUGUCUGCCUGGUCAAAUGGCUUUCGCUCGUCUGUUUUUGCGUUCAAGUGCUAUUUCCCUAAGCAAAUGAUAUUUAGCGAAGCAUGCAAAAUGCUUGACCAAUUAUCUUUUUAUACAAUAGUCUUUUUACCUUUUCUUUACUUUUUCAAUUACCGUUUCAAUCACGAUUCUCUUUUUUUUUAUCUUCGACUUUACCUCGUAUAGUGUAAAAGUACGUACGGACGAUGGAUGGUUCCCGCCUUUCCGUGCCAGAGAGAGAGAGAGAGAGAGAGAGAGAGAGAGAGAGAGAGAGAGAGAGUGGAAUCUGAAAAAUCUAAUCAAAUCCAAAUCAAAUAUUUAUUGCGAUUGAUCACAUUGGUAUUGAUCACGUUUCUGGUCCGAAAUGGCAGCGUAGUCAAUUGGAACGUAGUCAAUAUCAACGUGGCCCGUGACUCGAACUUUUUCACUAUCGUAUUUUUGUUUUAUAAAAUACAAAUGAUUUUUAUUUUUCAAAGAAGCGUUUAUAUAAAUACUAUUUGACUAAGAAAAUAGCAUUUGAACACAAAUAAACGGUUGAAAGCUAUUUGAUCAAGCAGAUAGCAUUUGUUUAUAUAAUGAAAAGCUAUUUUUCUAAAAUAACUAUUUGUCUACGACAUAUACAUAAAUAUAUAUACAGUUAUUAUUAUAUAUAUAAUAGUAAAAAUAAUAAUAAUAAUUAUAAUAUACAUAUACACUUGUAUGUAUCUUUGCGCGAAUUUCUUACGAAAAUAUACAACAUGACCAGCGACUGAAGUCCAAAUCCUGUUUUCUGUAUUUAUUACUCGUCUCAAGGAAAUGUUGUCGAUCGAAUCUUUAUUUUAAUGGAAUCUCAAUCGGCUACCGCAGCAUGCCACUCAAUUCUCUCUCUUCGUCUCUUUUUCUCUUCCUCCCAUCUUGUCGUCUGACUAGUUGCUAACAGUUUCUACUGACAGUCGUUGAUGGGUUUGCAAGACUCUGAAAUCAUUACACUUUUCGUCUUAAUUUCUAAUUAAUUGGUUAUUAAGAUACGACGAGAUAAUGCGCUUCCGUCAUUUGUGACAUGCGCAUGGGAUUCCGUAAUUGAUAAAGAAUUUUCGUGUUUUAAUUUCUUAUUAACUUUUAACUUGAAUAUUAAAUAAAUGACAAAAUGUUC